GCUGCGUUUUCGUGACUCCCAAAGAUUGAUAGUUUGUGAAUACUAUCAAUCUUUGCCUUCGCCCAUUGAUUCGUCGAGAGUGUCCGGUGCUCGUGUGUGGUUAUACAUCGUUCAAUUGGAACAGUUUAUCAACUGUAGAUUUUUUUUAAUUAUCGAAUUAAGUUCAGAAGUUUGAAAAACCAUAUAAGCUAUUUUGAAAUUCAUCGUGUCCAAAGAUGAAGGACACUAUGGUUGUGACAACCGAAGUCCUGCCCAAGCGUGAACCGAUUGUAGUAAAUCGGGACGUUUGGUACAGCUACAUGAGCAAAGAGGAUGCCGACCCUCAGGCCUGCUGGCUCGAGAGGAAGCGGCAAGAGAGGAUAAAAGCUGAAAAAGCUGCCAUGGGAGCCUCAACAUCUAGAGUUUCUACAUCUACAACUUCUUCCUCUGGGUCUGUGAUCUUGGAGUCCUUGAAAUUGAGAUAUAUUCAGCAGAAGGUGGACAGAAACCAAAACCAGACACCUUCUCCACCAAGUUCAGUUUCUCUCCCAAGUCCAGUUUCAUCAACUGCCUCAGAUUAUGAAGUCCCCAGAAACCCAAAAAAGUCAUCUCCAAAGGCUGAAAAUGAAAGUGAUAUUGCACCACUCUCAGGCCAUAUACAGUCUUCAAACAGGAAGCACUAUGCCAAUAUUGGCCAAUAUUUGAAUGAAAUCUAUAACAGAGAACAGAUAUGUGAUAUUUCAUUCAAACUGGGCAGCAUCAUUUACCCAGUGCAUAAGGUCGUCCUUGCUAGUCAGAGUCCUUUGUUUGAGAAGAUGUUUGACAGCAAGGACUUUACUCAGCCACCCAUCAGACCAAGGCAAAUUAGGGUUACUGGAGUGUCAGAGGGUUCUUUAAAGACUUUCCUGAAUUGCAUUUAUUCUGGUGAUAUCAAUAUCAUUAAGCCUAAUUGUCUGCAUGAGGUAAUUGAUCUCUCACGGAUGUUUGAGGUGCAGCAAAUCACACAGAUGUGUUUGCAGAAAAUCUCCUCUCUUGGUCACCACGACAUGCUGAAACUAUUGCAAAAGAUGAGGAGGCGUAAAGAUGUUCAACUUUGUGACAUUCUGAUGGAUGCGAUAGCCAAAAACUUUAUGGAGAUUAGGAACAGUUCCUCUUUCUGUGGCUUAGAUGUGGACACGGUCUGUAUGAUUUUGUCCAAUGAUAGGCUCAAUGUGAGUUCAGAGAUGGACAUUUUUGAGAGUGCUGUAAGUUGGCUUCACCAUCCUGAGGAUCGAUUGAAGAAUCUGGAGAGAGUGAUGGAUAUCGUGAGGUUCUCACACCUAUCAAGCCAGCAAUUGAUGGAAUGCUUCGUUAAAUGUCCUGCCCUUAAGCAGAGCCCCUAUUGUGUGGGCUUGAUCACUAUGGCUAACUGGGUUCAGACCUCCAUCAGCCUUAAUCAGCAAGACCCUCUGAAUCUGGAGAUUCAAGAACCUCGGAGCCUUGCCAACAGUGGAGGGAGUGUUGAGCAAUAUCUAAAGACACACUGUAGCUCUGAGUUCAAGGAACCUGAUGUCACUUAUGACAUUGUUCUAAUGACGGAAGAUGCUGUUGAGGAUUUUAAUCGUCAUGCCUGUUCCCGAAGUCAAAGCCGGUCCACCAUUUCUGCACCUUGUGUCAAGCAAUACAGGGAAUCAAAAUGGUCUAUGAUGAACGACAAUGAAAAAGUUUUGGCAUGGCUGAGGGAUCAUAAUCAUCCCAAACUUGAUGAGUACUCUGGACUACAAAGCAUGGAUUGCAUGAUGGGGAGAAAACCAAAGCAAAAACAUGCUCCCAAAAUGGAGGGAAAAAGUAAAGACAAACAUGUCAAAAAGAAAAGGAGUGAACGAGAUCAAAAACAGGACAUCGCUGAUGAUUGUCAUAAGGCGAUAGACAUCUCUGAUGAUUAUCGUAAGGCGAUGGUUUGGGGAGGAGACCAGUGGUACAUGGUUGGUGGAGCCAGGUACAAAGAUUCGGAGUGUCCCUCCCCCACCAAUAAAGUAUUGGUGUACUCGUACGAGACCAAAGAGUGGAGGCCAGUGGCUCCAUUGAAUGUUGCCAGGAUGGAGCAUUCCCUUUGUGAAGUAGAUGGCUAUAUAUUUGCUAUUGGUGGAAUAGGUGAAGGCAAUCGCUUGCUUUCAUCGGUGGAGUGUUAUAAUCCUAGAACCAAUUGUUGGUUCUUUGUGAAGGCACUCCCUGAGCCCAGGGCUGCUGCCUCUACCUCAGCUGAGGGGGGCAAUGUUUGUCUGAAAGGGGGAUACAGUGCAAUAAAGAAUGGGCAGCCCUCCAGCUCUUACUAUGAAAAUGAAGUGGAGUUAUUCUACAACAUGGAAAUCAACAAAUGGAUAAGAAGAUCCUAAGGCCCUAAAUGCAUUAACUGGAUGUGAUAAAAUUUAAUUUUUUACUGUAUUUUAUUUUUACCUGGUGAUUGGAUUUUUUUAAACAUGUUUGUAAAAUGGGGCAAAAGUAAUUAAACUGUAUGCAAG